UGAUCACUGACCAGCGACAUGUUUCCUCCACAAGCUCGGGCAACAUGGUCUGAGGCGCCAGCUCAUAUCUCCGUCUCAGCAGCCAUCGCUUGGACACCCUUCCUGCUCAUGUUCGCUCCGUGCUCUGAAGUUCUGAAUCCACACAAUGCGCGGCGGCAGAGAGCACCUGGGGGUGGCGCUGUGGCUCGCCUUCUGCUUGCUGCGGCUGCACGCGUUCCCGUUCCCCAUCCCCUUCGUCGAACCCUACACGAGACAGCAAGACGUUGAUGCUAUCAACGACCUGUACGCGGCCCUGGGCUUGCCGGACCUCGACGGCUGGACGGCUUUAGGAGGGGACCCCUGCAAAGAAGCAUGGCAAGGGGUGCAGUGCGAUGGCCCGAAAGUGACCGCAAUAGAGCUCCGAGGUGCGGGCCUGGGAGGGAAGCUGAGUCACACACUCGGAGAUUUCACUGCCGUCACACUGCUAGACCUCAGCGACAACAAAAUCGGCGGCGUGAUACCGCAGAGCUUACCGCCUGCGCUGACUCAACUAGAUCUUUCUUCAAAUAGUCUCGGCGGCGAACUUCCGGAUUCCAUGGCAAAGCUAAGCUCACUGUCAACCUUACAUGUGCAGAACAAUCAGCUAUCUGGGACACUUGAUGUGCUAGAAGAUCUUCCCUUGAAAGAUUUGAACGUAGAGAACAACCAGUUCUCAGGACCAAUCCCAGAAAAGCUUCUCUCCAUCCCAAAAUUCCUAAGAGAUGGCAACAAAUUCACCAUACCACCGGUCCCCGGCUUCUCUCCAACUCCAGGGACACCACCACCUCUCGUAUCAUCCACAUCACCUCCUUCUCCAGAGCAUGUGCCGGCACCACCAGCUGCAGUGAUUUCUGGUUCACACCCUCCCAUAUAUGUGAUUCCAGCUACUCCACAGGAUGCCCCUCCGAGACACAAGAACAAGGUGUCACCGGCGAAAGCCGCCGGGUUCAGUAUCCUCGCCGCCGGUUCAUUGAGCAUUACUGUGGUUGCGAUCGUGUUCACGGUAUCAAAAUGGCGCCAGAAGAGAUCUCUUCGUGUACGAUACCUGAGGGGUGUUGAGAUGAGCACGCAGAGUUGGGUGAGAGAGCCUCCUACAGUGAGUGCAGUUGCCAAACCAGAGAGAGAACGUCAUUCAGGUGCUGAAGGGAAGAUUGAUUGGCCUCCAAAAGAUUAUGUUAAGGCGCCAGGAUCAUCAAUACACCCAUCUUUCAAGAACAGCAGCAAGGACAUUAUUGUGCCCGAUAAGAAUGUUCAGGGAAGUUCAGAAGGUCCAACUCAGCAAUUUCCUUUCACAUUCUUUACUGUUGCAUCCUUGCAGCAACACACCAACAGUUUCAGCGAUCAGAAUCUGAUCAGGGAGACCUGUUUCGGUAAAAUUUACCUAGCAGAUCACCCAGGAAGCAAGUUUUCAGUGCUGAAGCUUGGCGGUGACACUGCUAAAAUGCCGGCGGCUGAAUUCCUGAAGAUUGUUCAGGAAAUCUCCGAGCUCCGGCACCCCAACGUCGAAGAACUUGUGGGUUGCUGCGUGGAUCACGGCCAGAGAUUACUCGUCUACAAGCACCUCAGUGACAGCACUCUGAAUGACAUGAUGCAGUUCGAGCACCGGGCGUCUGAUCCAGCAGAGACGCUUUCCUGGGAUGCCCGGAUAGCUGUCGCCCUUGAAGCUGCAACAGCACUGGAGUAUCUUCAUGAGGAGAGCCACAAGCAGGUGGUUCACCGGCAUUUCAGGCCCGAACACAUCCUGAUCGACGGCGAGCUCCGGGUGUCCGUGUCCGGAAUCGGUCUUGCUCCAUUUGUCCCACAGCUGUCCGACUACUGCGGCGCCACGAUGAGCUACGAGCCGCCGGAAGCGGCGUGGACGGCCAAGGGCGACGUCUUCAGCUUCGGCGUCGUGAUGCUGCAGCUCCUCACCGGCCGCAAGCCCUACGACAGCUCGCGGGCGCGGGGCGAGCGGCACCUGGUGCCGUGGGCGAGCCCGCGGCUGCACGACCUCGCCGCGCUGGGAAAGAUGGCCGACCCGCGCCUUGGCGCGCCGCCGGUCAGGUCGUUGUCGCUGUCGCGCUUCGCCGACAUCAUCGGCCGGUGCAUACAGCAAGAGGCGGAGUUCCGGCCCGCCAUGUCGCAGGUGGCGCAGGACCUGCGGCGGGCGCUGGAGGACGCGCGCGCGGAGGCGGGGAGUGGCGGCGCUGCACAAGCUUAGGUAGCUAUCUAGCUGUGCCCACGGAUCGGCUCGCCCAGCAGCGACAUGGGUGUACCGUGGAGCGGAAUGGUAUUCGCUGACGCGUUGUAACUACUAUACUUGUAAUGGUGUACAGUAGUACAUUGAUUGUGUUCUUGGUGUGUGUGUUUUUUUUGUGUAAAAAAUAGAAUGGAAUUAUAGUCAAGUGGCAAUGGAAAGAGAUAAAUCAUACAUAAUA